AGGCGCUAAGCAGGAUGGAAAGGGGUCGGUCAGGGACUAGAGUGUGACAGCUGUCUGGAGAAAGAGAGCUAAACGGAAGGGCGUGUGAUCCUGAAGGAAAGGGGGAGUAAAAAGAAAAGAAUUCUCGCCUUACAGGAUAGACCGUAAAGACCAUCUCGUCACAGAGAAACUAGAAGUUCAACCAGUAACUGACUCAAGGGCAUAAAAAAUGGCAGAACCCGAGCUCACCUUUUCUGCCUCUCAGUUUAUAGUUUUGUGAAAAUGUCAGAGAAGGAAGCCCUGAUGUCUGCACCAGCUCAGGUCUGCUGUUUGGACACCUCCUCAGAGAAGACCUCUCUGACACCUUAUCCAAGAUUCCUUAUAUUACAUGGCAGGAGGAGUGGGUAAACUUAGAGAUAGUAAAGACAACAACAAAUUAAUCAAGAGCUUUCUUCAUAUUGAAGAAUCUGUCCUCAGUAAGAUUCCAGAUGUCGGACAGGGUUAACUGGUUACAAAGCCAAAAUGGGGUAUGCAAAGUUGAUGUUUAUUCACCCGGAGACAGCCAGCCCCAAGACUGGAAAAUGGAAGCCUCAACCGAUCCUGUCAGAGUGCUCAGCUGGCUCCGCAGAGACCUGGAAAAAAGUACAGCAGGGUUCCAAGAUGUUAGUUUCAAGCCUGGAGAAUCAUCCUUUGGUGGGGAAAUGACCAACUCAGGAGGCCAAUGCAAGGGUUUCCUCGUGGACUACUACAAUACCCCCAACAAGGGCAGUCCAGGGAGAUUUCAUUUUGAGGUGACUCACAGAGAGAACCCUCUCCAGGAUGCCGGCGCCCAAGCUGGUAAUGAAAGAACAGUAGAUGAAGUUUCCUUCUAUGCUAACCGCCUCACAAACUUAGUCAUAGCCAUGGCCCGCAAGGAGAUCAAUGAAAGGAUUGAUGGCUCUGAAAACAAAUGUGUCCAUCAGUCAUUGUAUAUGGGGGAUGAACCCCCACCCAACAAAAGCCUGAGUAAAGUGGCAUCAGAGCUAGUGAAUGAGACUGUCGCUGAAUGUUCCAAGGAUACUACCUCAGAUAAAUUUCCUGGCCCUGGUGACAAAGUCUUAGGAUCAUUACAGAGUCCCUCAAAUUUGAAAUAUAAAACCACUUUGAAGAUCAAGGAAAACAAGGGUCCAGAUGACAAGCCUGCUUCUAAAAAGUCUUUCUUCUAUAAAGAAGUGUUUGAAUCUCAUAAUGCAGGUGAUGCUAAAGGGGGUAGAUGGUCCUUACCUGGGGAGAGAAAGUUAUUCAGUGGGCAAGAGAGGCCUGAUGACUUUACAGCUUCUCUUAGUCAAAAGAUCAUGACCUAUGCUAAUAGUGUGGUAUCUGAUAUGAUGGUCUCCAUCAUGAAGACUCUGAAAAUCCAAGUGAAGGACACAACCAUUGCCACCAUCCUGCUGAAGAAGGUACUGAUCAAGCAUGCAAAAGACGUGGUCUCAGAUCUCAUUGACUCCUUCAUGAAGAACCUCCACAAUGUCACAGGGACUCUCAUGACUGAUACAGACUUUGUGUCAGCUGUGAAAAGAAGUUUCUUCUCUCAUGGAAGCCAGAAGGCCACAGAUAUCAUGGAUGCUAUGCUGAAUAAGCUAUACUCUGUGGUGUUUGCCAAGAAACCUCCUGAGAAUAUCAGGAAAACCAAGGACAAGUCAGAGAGUUAUUCCCUUCUCUCCAUGAAAGGAAUGGGUGACCCUAAAAAACGAAAUGUAAAUUUUGCAACAAUGAAAUCUGAAGGUAAAUUGAGGGAAAAAAUAUGCUGUCCUCCACGUGAACCAGAGAAGACAUGUGUUGAAACUUUGGGUGAACACCUUAUCAAAGAAGGACUGAGCUUGUGGCAUAAAAGUCAGAAUAAAGAAGGAAUAUUUCCAGGUACCCAAUGUGUAACAUUUCCAGUUCCCAAUGACCAAUGUAGCCCUACACCAGAAUAUCCCUUUGGAUAUCCCCUGGACAUUGGUGACCUCAACCCUCCCAUGCAUCACGUAGAGAAUCCUGAGAAUUUUAUGUGUGAUUCAGACUCCUGGGCCAAGGACCUGCUUGUAUCUGCCUUACUUCUAAUUCAGUACCACCUGGCCCAAGGAGGAAGCAUGGAUGCACAGAGCUUCCUUGAUGCUGCUAGUACUACCAACUUUCCCACCAACAAGCCCCCUGUCAUUUCUGAUGAGACCAACCUUAAGUGUCCUUAUGGGGGACAUAACAAAGAAGAAGCAGAAAAGAAAGAUCUAAAGAGCAUUUUCUUCAACUUUAUCCGGAAUUUACUUACUGAGACCAUUUUCAAGAAUGACAGUAGCUGUGAACCCAAGGUGCCAGAACAACCAAUUAAGGAAGACUCCUUCAGAAGUUCUCCCAUAAAACCAAGUGAAGGUGAUGAGACUGAUGGUACCUUUCCUGGGCUGAGCAUGAUAGUUGCUGACCAGCUAGAUGGCCACAUGAAUGGGGAGAUGGUAGAACAUCUGAUGGACUCAGUGAUGAAGCUUUGUCUCAUUAUUGCCAAGUCCUGUGACCCUCCCUUUGCAAAACUGGGAGAUGAUAAGUCUGGUGAUACUACCAGGCCAACUUCAAACUUUCCUGAUAGUUUAUAUGAGUGUUUACCAGUCAAGGGCACAGGGACAGCAGAGGCUGUCUUACAGAAUGCCUAUCAAGCUAUCCAUAAUGAAUUGAGAGGUGUAUCAGGACAGCUCCCUGAAGGGUGUGCAGCACCCAAAGUGGUUGUCAGCAAUCAUAACCUAAUUGAUAGUGUUCAGAACAAGCAACUCCAAGCCGUACUUCAAUGGGUAGCCGCCUCUGAGCUCAAUGUCCCUAUUUUGUACUUUGCUGGUGAUGAUGAAGGAAUCCAAGAAAAGCUACUUCAGCUCUCAGCUGCCGCGGUGGAAAAAGGACGCAGCGUAGGUGAGGUUCUGCAGUCUGUGCUGCGCUAUGAGAAGGAGCGACAGCUGGACGAGGCAGUGGGGAAUGUCACACGGCUGCAGCUGCUGGACUGGUUGAUGGAGAACUUGUGAUGGGCACCCACCCACUGCUUUCCCCUCUUGCAGCAGUCAGCUCAGCCCUUUUCCCUUCCCUUCUUUCUCACUUCCACAGCUUCUCUCUUUAUAUCCUCAUCCCACUCACAUCAAAGACAUGUCAUCUUAUGCUAGUCACUGGAUUUUGCAGAUUUUCCUGUCCAUGCGAGCAAGGACAUAAAAUAAAAAAAAUUACAAUUAAAGUGCUCCAAGUGUAUGGUUUCUGUGGGAUCCAAUGGGGCGAUAAGGUAAAGAAAUUUCAGGGAUGAAAAAAUAAUCAGAUGGAUAGCAGAAGAAAAUAAUGCUGAACUGAGAGCUCCUGACAAAGGUCCUUAAACCUGUGUCACAACUUGCAGCCCCCCUGCCUUCAAGCGUCCCCUAAAAAUAAGAAGCCACAAUUUAUCAACUCAUUCAGCCUUUUAAAACCAUGCAAAUUGGGAAAUAUUUUCUAAUAUUCAACCCAAAUCAUUCUGAUUAUGGUAUCAAGGAUUUGGCUUCAAGAACAAAAUGACUGUCUGCCUCAACUUUGUCCAUGGUUGAAGAUAGCUGAUGUCAAGAGGUCCAGAAGACCUGAAUUUUAUUUCCAGUUCUGUACCUUUCUGGUUAUAGGACAUGGAACAAGUUACUAUUAUGAUACUGCUCUGACUUAAUGUCCAUAUCACCCCAUUUAAGAAGCAUUUUCUGUUCUUACUCUGACCUUUCUGUGGAAUUUUAUAUUCUUGAUCCUUCCUUCUGUAAACUUUCUUUUCUAGUUUCUAAUAUCCUAUUUUUUCUAUGUCUCUUUGGGACUCUACUAAACUCUGUCAACCCUUACAUAUUUAUCUUUUAUAGGACUGACUCUUGACCCUCUGCUAUUCUCACUCUAUAUUAUCUUCCCUGGGUGAUUUCAUCCAAACCCAUAGCUUCAGUUAUCUGAUGUCUCUCUUUAUAGAAUAGUACAAAGUGAUUAAAAUGAUGUUACAAUCUUUAGCUUCUUGUAAAAUUUUACCUGCACUAUAAUUACAACCCUACAGAGAUUAUUUAUUCAUUAGAUGAGGACUAGAAAGGCAAAAUAAAUGGACUUACUUAGACUUUGCAAUUGGUGGAUGAACAAACACCUCCUGCUAUUGUGAUCCUAGAGAAGCAUCAGAUGGGGUGCUACCACCACCACAACCUUCUUAAUGUGGCCUUGUGACCCAGUCUGGCCAAUCAGAGGAUCCCAGUGUCUCAGACAUAGUGACUGGCUUAAGUCCAAUCAUUUCUAAGACCUCCCUGCCCACAAGGAAGACUGCAUAUUUUGACUGGAUAAUAGUGGUCCAAGACAAACUUCUGAGCAGAGCUUGACUUCAGAAAGAAAUUAACCAUAAAAAGAAGCAAGGCUAAGAUGGAGAGGGAGUUUGAGCCCUGUGACCUUGUUUGAAUCCCUAGAUCCUGCUGUGCCUGAAGCUAUACUUACCCUUUCUGAUUCCCCAAUUACAUAAACCGAUAAAUGUCCUUUAUUGUUCAAUUUUGAGUUUACCUUCUGUCAUUAUCAAAUAAGAAUCCUGUCUUGGGCAAAAAUAAAAAUUUAGAGUUUUAUUAGUGAUGAUAUAACUGACUAUUUAAUGCUCCCUGCCCUGCCCGAUAUACACACUGUUUUAUCUUGUUGAGGGCAUAAGAAAGGAAUGUAGAUGCAAGGACAUCCUCUUCCAUCACAUCAGAAACCAUGCCAACUGGCCAUGUGACUAGAGUUGUGGUUUUGUUGUUGUUGAUUUUUAAACAAACGUUUAUGAAUUAAAAACGGCAAUCUGAAGUAUUGUACAAUAUAAGUGUGGUCUCUAAUACAAAGCAUUGGUGAAAAGGAACAGGACACA